CAGUGCACAGAUACAGAGCAGGUCCUGGUCGGGGUCUCUCUUCUUCUCUCCAGAAUCCCCCUUUAUCCCCAGGGUCUCUCCUUGUCCUGGACGAUCUCCUCCAGCUCCUCCACCAAGGAUGGACAGGAAGGAGAUCAGCAGAAGAAUAUUAGACCUCACCUUGGAGAUCAUCUCCCUGCUGAGCGGAGAGGAUUAUACCCUAGUGAAGAAGACAUCAGGGAGGACUCCCAUCAUCCAGGAAUCAGGAGGGUGGACCCCCAUCACAGAGCCUCCCCCCCUGAUACAUGAGCAGAAGAUCCUAGAAUUCACCCACAAGAUGAUGGAGCUGCUGACUGGAGAGGUUCCUGUAAGGUGUCAGGAUGUGGCGGUGUAUUUCUCCCUGGAGGAGUGGGAGUAUAUAGAAGGACAGGCGGAUCUGUACGAGGAGGCCAUGAUGGAGGAGCUCCGGCCUCUGACAUCUCCAGGUUCUGAUUCCAGGAGGAGAAAUCCCCCCAAGAGAUGUCCCCGUCCUCUGUACUUUUGGAAUGAAAUAAAUUUAUCAACUUCAUGGUUUGAACAGGAAAUCAUGAAAUCUAUCUUUAAUCCUAACAGGAAAUCCCAAUAA